AGAGACGUUUUCCUGGAGUCACUAGGAGAAGCGGCGGCGGUCUUGACAAGUGAUGUCUGACGCUGGGAGACUCAACACAUUGGGAAUAAAAGACGGGAGACUAUUCACGCGAGCGUGAGUGCGCACACUCGGGACAUUGGCGCGCCUCCGUGAAUUCUACAGGAGCGCGUAAUAGCCCCACUGAGGACUCUUUGGGAGCAAAAGUGAGCGAGAAAGGAGCAUCUCCCUUGGAUUAUUUCCUCCAUCCGCCCUUUACAAACUUUCUCAUCACCAACCGCCGCAUUCCUUUUUGAAUCCAGACCGUUUUGAACGGUGCGCAAAAUCCACGCCGUAAUGCGUCAUGACGCGGAUAAACAAACGGUUUAAAAUAGUUUGAGAGUGUCAGGAUUACUGAGGAUGGAGGUGAAGCUGCCCGUGGGAAGAUCCGAAGACUGACCGGAGCCCAGAGCAAGAGUGACGGGAGCUGGAAGAAAAAGGGACUUCCAACCGCCAAUUCGUCUGUUUUAACGAGUCCGCAACACAAUUCUAAACGGAUACAUCGGCUGAGAUCGAGCUGCCUUCAUACGGUAGCUGCGUCAAGUGAGUGUGAGCUGAUGGCCGAAAGUGACUAGAGGGGAUCGACAGAAGAAGAAAACUGAAGACACGUUCAGACAUACACAGCCUCUGCACUCCGCUGCGCGAAGAGAACCCUCAACCAGAGGGUCUGUUUACCUAUCGUCUUGGGGGAGUCCUUGGGAGAAGUUUGGUAAUUUGAAAGAAGACAGUCAGGAGGACAACAACGAGACAACGGUGGGAGCAGAUAACAGGGCUGUGGGAGGGGACUGUGAGAAGAAAUGCCGGUCCCAGGUGACCUAGUACAUCACCACCGGGACCAUGACGACUCCUUGGCCAAUGAGAAGAGUGAGAUGCAGCUACAGCUCCACCUCCAUCGCUAAAUGGACUACGUCAUCUUUAAUGCUUCUAUGGUUGUCCUGGGUGUUGCUGUGGCUGCCGUGGCCCACUGGAGCUGAGGUGGCCACUGGCGGGCAUGGGGGCAAGACUCUUCAUGGUUCACUGUCAUCCCCCUCGACGUCAUCUGCUUCGUCCUCCUCAUCCCCGUCCAGCACGUCGGCAUGGGGCUUCAACACCAGACAGAGCGCAGGUCAGCUGGACUGGCUGUUGUCGGAAAAGGGACCUUUCCACCGAUGUCCCGAGUACACAGAGUUCAGAGAGAGGUUUACACAGAGCUUCUCCACCAGAUACAAGAUUUACAGGGAGUUCAGCCACUGGAAAGUGAACAGCCUGGUGACAGAGAAGCGAGACUUCCUCAAAGCUCCCCUGCCAUUGGCUCCAGAGUUUCUGCGAAAUCUACGGUUACUAGGACGUCGGCCAACCUUACAGCAAAUCAACGAGAAUCUUAUCAAAAAGUACGGGACCCACUUUCUGGUGUCAGCUACCUUGGGAGGAGAGGAAUCUUUAACCAUCUUUCUGGACAAGCAGAAGCUGAAUAAGAAGUCGGAAGGCAGCAGCAACAGCUCGGUGGUGUCGCUGGAGCUGCUUCAUCAGUUGGCGGCUUCAUAUUUUACUGAUCGCGAAAGCACCCUCAGGCGACUGCACCACCUUCAGAUUGCUACUUCUGCUAUUAAGGUAACUGAAACCAGGACUGGCCCCCUCGGCUGCAGUAACUACGACAGCUUGGAUUCAGUCAGCUCAGUGUUGGUGCACAGCCCUGAAAAUAAGAUCCACCUAAAGGGUCUACAGGAUGUCCUGCCGGAGUUCCUACGUGGGCGUUUUGUGGAGGCGGCCCUUAGCUACGUUGCGUGUAACUCAGAGGGCGAGUUGCUCUGCCGCAACAACGACUGCUGGUGCCACUGCUCUCCUCGCUUUCCCGAUUGUAACUGUCCUUUUGCGGAUAUCAAGGUCAUGGAGGAGAACCUACAGAAGAGCAAAGAGGCCUGGAGCGGACUCAACCAAGAAUUUGAGGAGUCCGAUGAAUUCAAGGCCCUGCUGAAGCGUUUACCCACCGACCGUUUCUUGAAUGUCUCAAUGAUCGCCAAGUUCUGGUCGGCUGACAUGCCCCUCCAGAAGCGUUACACCCUGCUGGAGUCCAGCACUGCCUUGGUCCUCAGCAAGGCUCAGAAGAUCAUCAGGAAGAUGUACACCCUGAGCAAGCGAUGUCCCAAACAGCCUCACAUCAGUCUGCCUCGAGAAAGGGAUGUUGGGUUCUGGUUGAGAAGAGCUCAGUCCAUGCUGUACUGCAACGACCACGGAGCGCAGGGUUCCUUCUCUGAGGAGGUGAUGAGCUGUAACUGCCCUGCAGAGCAGACCGCGUGUCAGGGAGUCAUCCCCUGUGUGGUCGGAACAUCGUCCACCUCCUGCUCAGUUUGUGCCACUGAUAAUGCAACUCGCUGUGGCGGCUGUCACCAUGGCAACUUCCUGCAUCUGGGUUCCUGCCGGCCGAGCGUUGCGGCUUCACUGGACCACUAUCUGAAUUUUGAUUUGGACAUGCCUGAUGCUGAGGUCAGGUACUUGCUUCAACGGCUGGACAGCAGGAUAGAGGUCCACGCUAUCUACAUUAGCAAUGACGUCCGUCUGGGAAGUUGGUUUAACCCUGCCUGGAGAAAGAGGAUGCUCUUGACUCUGAAGAGUAACAAAAACAAGUCCAACCUGAUCCACAUGCUGAUGGGCAUUUCUUUCCAGAUAUGCUUGACAAAGAACUCAACUCUGGAGCCCGUGCCAGCAAUAUACGUGAACCCGUUCGGUGGAAGUCACUCGGAAAGCUGGUUUAUGCCAGUGAACCAGCCGGAAUUCCCUGACUGGGAGAGAACUCGAGUUGACGGCAGCGCCACAGCGCAGUGCUCCAACUGGACUUUAACGCUGGACAACAAGUGGAAGUCCUUCUUUGAGACGGUGCAUAUCUACUUGCGAAGUCGAAUUGUCGUCGAUGAUCCAACAGUGAAUGAAACUCUGUUUUAUGAACCCUUGGACAUGGAUGACCAGACCUCAAACAUGGGGUAUAUGAAAAUAAACUCACUCAAAGUGUUUGGAUACAGCAUGCACUUUGACCCGGAAGGCAUCAAGGAUUUGAUUCUGCAGCUGGACUACCCUUACACGCAGGGUUCCCAGGACUCGGCCUUCCUCAUGUUGUUGGAGAUGAGGGAUCGCAUCAACAGACUUUCCCCCCCUGCGCCGCAGCCGCUGGAUCUUUUUUCCUGUUUGUUGCGCCAUCGGCUGAAGCUGUCCGCCGGUGAGGUGGCACGCAUCAAAGACUCGUUGCAGAUCUUCAACUCAAAGCUGCCCAACUCUUCUCCCGACCCUGAGCUCGCGCAACUUUGCAGUUAGCUGACACAGCAGAACAUCCUGUAAAUUGGUGUCUGGGACCAGAAAAAUCUGGAUAGAUACAAACCAUUUUAAUGUACUGAGAGUUUCUUUUUUUUUUUUUAAAUUACUGCUGAAUGAAUUUCACAUUUUUAUCACAGAGACUCGAUAAUGUAUCUUUUUGGUUACACCUGUGGUAUAAUGUUGUGGACUUAAAACGCCUCUUUAAACUCUAUAAUCAGACAAACAGCGAUGGCACCAACCAGAGGGACUUUUUGUGAUCCGACUACAUGCAAAGUUUGCCAUCACUUUAUGAUCACAGAUUUUGAUAUGUAAAGAGAAAGGCGCCCCACCAACCAAAGGGGUUUGCCCUUUCCCAAGCUAUGUUUUUGACUUCUGAACAAUCUAAUGAAAGGGAAAAAUUGGACUAUAUCCUCUUUGUGCUGAAUGAGCUUUUAUUUUAGGCUUAAAAAUUGAAUAAUCCUGUUAAUGUCUUUUAAUAUUUCUUUUGUUCCAUCCUGCCCUUGUCGGUAUCUAUGCUAAACGUCCGAGUGACAAACUUGUUUGUGACGUUCUUGGUGGUGUGUCAUUGGGAAUCUGAAGUUAGCAAAGGAUUUUCUCAGUAAAAAGAGGCUGACAUGGCACCGAAAGGUCUGCAGAUACAGCGCUGUAAAUACUGCUCCAUCUAACCUGAUGUGUGAGAAUUGCUUUAUAGAUAACUAAGUGCAAAGACCAAAAAAAACAUUUAUAACAAAACAAACUCAUGCCUUAUAUGGAAAGUUAUUGUCACAAAAAGAAGCACAUUUCAGUUCAGUUUUAGGUGGGGAGGGGGGGGUAACCUGGCACUCAUUUUUAUGAGUUCAUAUUUCUAUGAAGAAAGAGCCACACAUACUUUCUCUGGAACAUGUGAUAGCUUUUCCAUGUAAGGCGCUUGUCACAAUUUGGUGUUGUGAAAUUUGAGUCUCUAUUCACGGGGCACGUCAGUUUUGAAUGACUUCAAACUACUUCUAUGACCGAAGACACAUGAUUGAUUUUCGCUUGAACAGGUUUGGAAUCCUUUCAGUCUCAGGACAGUGUUACAGCAUUGUUUUCAACAUUGCAACGUCUGACAGAUGAAGAAGAAAAACUACUUGCCAAUUUGCUCUGAUCUUAAAGUGAUAUUACUUUGAUUUCUUUACAUUUUCUCGCUGAAAGUCAAAUCUUGUAUGUCAUUUUCAGCAGUACUG